UUUUGUCAUUCCAGGCCAAUCCCGUUGUUUCUUAGUUGGCUACCUAUCAAUCUAGUCCUCCAUUGCGACUAUCAUCUAUAUCAAUAUUUCUAGCGUUCUCGUCCGGAGUAUCCGAAUUGUCCAGCAGCAAAUAUACGAUUAUCGUUACACACUCCUCCUCAACCACUAAUUGGCUCUUGCCGCUACGCGUGCUCUACCCUCCUUGAUUUUGGCUAUUUGACUCGCACUAAGCGCUGCCUUCAAACUAAGAACUCAGAAUGGACGGCUAUCAGCAAUACAACGAUAUUCCUCAGAUUCAGCUUGCGGAGGACUCUGUUCUCCACCCAUGGGCAAUUGAAUACAUCGGCCACAUGGGCUCCUCCAGGCAAACCGUAGCGAAAACAAUUAACGUCUUUGGUGAAGAAAUAACCCUUGACGGAUACGCCGCUCAAGGAAUGUCGACGAUGCCAAUGCACCGCUGGCUUCAUGGAGCCGAUCGCUCUCCUGUGGCCCAGGGCCUGCUCCAUGCAAAGUUCAACAGUACCCGUACUCCCCAGAAUCAAUAUUGGAGACAAUUUGAGCAGCAAUGGCCCUCAUCAGAGAUCACAGAGUUCCCCCCUCGCGAAUGGUCCCCCGAGCAGACGACCAUUUCCGACACUAGUCAUGCCACCCAGAACGAGCUUUACUCUCCGCCUUUGACGCACCAAGUACCAUAUGGAAGCCAGAUUACUUCUCCCCAUCUUGGGAUGCCUUAUCUGUCCUCGGAACAGCUGGGCGGCGGAGAACAUGCGCAUCAACAUUCAAUGGUCGAUGCAAGCAUCAGUCUUCGCGACAUUGAGUAUGAACACGUGGAACCCGAGACUACUAUUGAGGAUCAAGAGCAUAUCGAAAUCAAGCCCGAGUUCGACUACGAGCAAGAACCGGUACAAGUGUCGGCGCCAGCAUACACGAAGAUGGAAGUAGACUCCGAAAGCUACCAAAGCUGUCAGGACUCUGGUCUUGGCCAUUCCGUGCGGGACGCAGAAUCAGUCCAGCCAGCUCAGAGCGACGAAGAAGCAUCUGACUCAGACUACAAACCUACGAUCCGAAGACGCUCAUCUCACUCUAGCAACAAUACGACCCGACCAAAGGGCAGGCGGUGCAGCCACAAUCGAAAGGCCUCGCUCACAUCACCCGUCUCUACCACAAAUAGAGUUUCCAAGAAGACUCGCGGGCCUAAUGCAUCCCUAAGCGCUGUCAAUGGUGCGAGCUAUGCAAGCGGCUCUAGUGCCCGUAACCUCAACGACGCCAACCCGCAACGGCCUUUCCCAUGCCCAUUAGCGAUCUAUGGAUGCCAGUCAAACUUUGUUUCCAAAAACGAGUGGAAGCGACAUGUUAGUACUCAGCAUAUCAAGCUUGGCUUUUGGCGGUGCGACUUGUGUUCAACCACUGUUGAUGCUCACGAUCCUUCAUCGGUCUACCAUAACGACUUUAACCGGAAGGAUCUUUUCACGCAACAUCUUCGACGUAUGCACGCCGCUCCAGCUCACCAAACAUCAUCGGCUCGCAACCAGAAAGAAUACCCGGUGAACGAAGAUAACCUCGGGGAACACCAGAAGCGGUGCUACAAAAGCCUCAGGUCAGCGCCACCACAAUCCGCUUGCCUUUUCUGUGACGAGCGUAUCUUCCAAGGACCUAAUGGGUGGGAAGAGCGCAUGGAGCACGUUGGACGACACUUGGAGAAGGAUCGUAAAGUAGGAGGCGCUCCUAUCGACAUCUCAGACUGGAAGGAGGAUAUUGUCCUUAAACAAUGGCUUCUUGAUGAGGGCUUGAUUGUGCCGGACCAGAACGGCUUCUUUAAGCUCGGCGAUGGCAAGCCUAAGAGGAAUUCAACACGGAACGGUGACGAAGAAUCAGAUCCAGAGGAUUGAGUCACCGACAUCACCACAGUUCCAACAACCUGUGGAGAGCUUUGUACAAAUGAUGGCUAUGGGAACACUGGGAUACAGGAAAUUGUAUUAUGGAUUAUGGGUAGGUCUACUGGUUGGAACUUUACGAAUCUCCUUAUCUAGGCGGUUUCUGAUACCCGGCGUUCGAGAUAUAUCGUCAUACUUUCUCUUGAUGUUCAAUACAAAACAUCAAAUGCCAAAAAUAUACAUUUCUUAUGUAGGAACGUUAGGAUAGAUAGAUACUCAAUGUGUACUAAUUCAGCUACG